GUUUUGGACCAACCAGCAGUGCAGCCUUCGUGCGGUUGCGUUCACUGCAGCCAACAGUUUUACCAGGGACUCUGGCGAAAUACGACGUGUUUCUGCUGUUGUCGUUCCCAAACACGGCGGUACGCAUAAGUUUUCAUUUCGAACCAAGCGAGGUCCGUUUCGCGGAGUGCGUGUGGCGAGUUGUAGAUUUCUCGAAAACCGUGCGCGGCAUUAUCGGUUUUGCGGCGGUUGAAGAAAAGUUGUGUAUGACCGCGUGCAAUUACUCGUACAUGAGCAUAGGAAACUGCGUGCGUAGAGUGUGAAUGUGUAAAAAUCUCUGAGCUGACGCGUGUUGCAAGUGCAGAUGAAAUAAAUAGCUUCAGUAUUUUUGGCAUAUUAAGCCAUCAAAACCACUGACGAAGAGCAGAAAAUAAGCUACUUCAGAGUGCUUGUGAGAGUGCUUAUUUAUUGUUCAUACCAUAAAGUGUACACACGGUCUCAAUUUACUGGCCAGUGGUAAAAGAACAAACUUGACCAGCAUCACAUCGGUAGCUGCAAACAAGCAAACCACGGAGUGAGAUCAACGAACAAGGCGUCCACAUCCCGACAUUGAAACAAGUUUAACGGCGCAAACUUGACUCAUCCUGUCAGGCCACCGGUAGACGACGAUGACGGGGCGACGACGGUCGCUGGGAGCUUGGGCUGCUCUGGCGUUACUGCUGGUGACCUGGGUAAGCCUGUGCAACGGCCACGGAAGGCUGAUCGAACCGCCGAGUCGAGCAUCGGCCUGGAGGUACGGCUUUUCAACGCCCCCGAACUAUAAUGACCAUGAGCUGUACUGUGGCGGAUUCAACCGCCAGUGGCAGAAGAACGAAGGCAAGUGCGGGGAGUGCGGAGAUGCCUAUGAUGCUCCGAAACCGAGACCGCACGAGUACGGGGGCAAAUGGGGCCAAGGAGUGAUCGUUAGACGGUACAGGCCGGGAUCGGUGAUAACGCUAAGGGUGGAACUGACAGCCAGUCACAUGGGGUACUUUGAAUUCCGGAUUUGCGAUAACGUGAAAGCACAGCAGGACUGUCUGGACCAGCAUCCUUUAAAGAUCCUCAGUGGUACACCAAGCAUACCGAAUCCGAACGAUUUGGAAACUCGUUUUUAUCCUCGCAACGGAAGCCGAAUCUACGAAAUGAAAGCAGAACUUCCUCAAAAAUUCCAGUGUACCAAUUGUGUUAUCCAGUGGAAAUAUAUUGCCGGCAAUAACUGGGGCAUGUGUCCGGAUGGUAACGGAGCGGUCGGCUGUGGACCUCAGGAAGAGUUCCGGGCUUGUGCGGACGUAUCAGUGGGCGAUACCAACGAAAACGGAAAUCGCACCCCGCUUCGACCAGGAUAUCGACCAACACCAACCAGAGUGCCAGCCGUCACACCGGACCAAGGAGCCAGCGGAGCAGCCGGAAACGAUACAAGCGUGGACGAAGAGAUGCCAACGGGAGUCAAAUACAUGGGACCACUGGUCGCCAUUCUGUCGCUUUUUCUGGUCCUAUGUGGAUUUGCUGCACUCUAUAUUUAUCACUAUCAUGGGGGGCGGAUAAAGGCUCUGAUGCGUUGGAACCGCGACAAGAACCAGAAGAUGGCAGCACAUGCCGCCGAAGUGAGCGCUCCAAGCUUCUCCGAACCCAUCAGCCCACCUGUUCCACCACCAAGAACCAAAAGGAUCUCGCAUCAAAUUCGUGAUAUAGAAGCCGAGGAAUCAAGCGUGCUGACCGGUAGCACCAAACCAUCGGUACUUAUGCCUAAACUUACGCCAGCUUCAAACGUGGAUAGCGGUAACCCUAUCCGGAAAGAUUAAGAUUAAGGAAGCAAGGAGUCCAGUGUCAAUUUCUGUUUUACAAGCACAAGCAAGAAAAGGCGUAUGUUUUUUAUUUAUUAUAUAAAACGUAGUUUAUAGUAGCGAAAUUCAAGCAUACUGGCGAUUAGCGCCAGCACUGACUGAUAAAAAAUCACAAACGAAUCACGUUUAAAUUAGCCGGUAAGCGUGAGAUCAACAAGAUGAGUAAUACAAAAUAUAACGUAGAGAAAGAAGUUCAUAUAUACUGCCAACAACGAGUGCUAAGCAGUUCACGAGCUCCGGUGAGGCUCGGCUGAUUUACUUACGCACGUAUACAAAGUAGAAUAUCCAUUGAAUCAUCGUGCCCGGUCUUUAGUCGAUCGACGAUGGUUUUUGAUAUGAACGGAAUAAACGAUCGAGUAGUAGUAGAUGUAGUAAA